CGUACAAAGUUUAUAUCAUGUGACAACUUCCUGACCACGCCCACUCAGUGAGCUGCCUUCUAGGACCAGGUCUGUUAACUCAGUCGGCUUUCAAUGGCAUUUUCAGGUGUUGAAGACCAUCUGUAUCAAGGCCCCCAUGAGCGGCCCCCCAAUUACAGCACUAUUGCGCCCUAUGCUCCUCCUGUCACAUACCCAUCAGCUCCAUCUAUAGGCCCCAUGCUAAUUAAUGGGGUUCCUGCAGGUCUGGAGUAUCUUACCCAGAUAAAUCAGAUGACCGUGCGGGCCAAAUUCUCUGUGUCCCAGGGUUGGGGUCGGAUGUUCGAUGUCUUGGACCCCGUGGGGCAGAGAUUAUUUCAGGCGAAGCAGGAGUAUCAGUGUUGUGGACCGGUGUAUAAUGUAAAAAUCUCCGAUAACAGCGACAGAGAUGUUCUGGAACUGAUCCAGGAGUGUGCGUGUACCUGCACGCGGCAGCUGCAGGUCUAUAGUCUUACUGGAGACCUCCUUGGAAGUGUGAGGUUACACCUGGAUUCGUUUGUUACACAUCUCUCAUUGCGAAAUCCUGCUGACGAGGUUCUGCUGUUAAUCAUCGGACCCAGUUUUCAGACCAAUAUAUUUGGGAAUUCCAACUUUGAGGUAAAGUCCCGAGAUGAGCAGCACGUGGUGGGGAUGAUCAGGAAUGAGAGUGAGCAGUUCUCUGUGUAUUUUCCUCUGGAUCUGGAUGUUACAGUGAAAGCCUUGUUAUUGGGGGGCAGCUUCUUUCUGGAAUCUCUUAUUAACCAGAGAAGACGGCAAGUGAUGAACAGAAGGAACAGCCAUUAGGAGAGGCAGAACCUGCGCUUGGGCCAUAAGGCACAGUCACAGUGCCCCCUGCUGGCGAUACUGUGAUACUACUAGCGUCACCUUUUAAACACAAACUGAUUUCUGUUUACACAACCUCAGGCUUAAAAUGAUUAACCACUUCACUUCCAAAAAAAAUAUUAACAUUAUGUGUUUUUGCUAUUUUUUUGUAUAGUUUCAGAGAAACUCAAAACAAUAAAAUUAUGUCAUUUAAAAAUAAAUAAGUGUUUUGUCUGUUUUCGAAAGUACACGGUGUCCUUUUAUCUUGCUAUAUUCAGGGUC